GGGGGGCGGGGAGGAGGUCCCCUCAGCGCAGUUAAAAUGAAACUCUAGUGGUUGGAGCCAGGGCAGAGCGUGAAGGGAGCCGGCGCGGUCUGGGUUGCCUUUACCACUCGGGCACAGUCGAGCUGACUGGACUCUCCAAGGGGUCGCCAUCCCGAAGCUGAGGAAGCUUGGGUCCCCAGCCUGACGCCAACAGAGCCCGAGUCCCAGUCCCAGAGGGAAUCGCUCUCUGCAGACCAGUGGGACCCCGAAACUUGAACGCAGCACCCCCUUUUCAAGCCUUUGUCACUUCCCUAGCUUUCUCCCAACGCGUUUUUUUUUUUCCCCCCUUCCUCUCCGUUCUCUCCUCUCCUAAGGACACAAAAGUGGCUUCCGCUGAAAGAUUAGGAGGCGGUGGGAGCUCUUCCCUUUUGGAGAGCGAUUGUGUAGGGAGGAUUUUCGGGAAGCUGCUUUUUAACACCACCGCUCUUUGCUUUCUGAGCUUCCCUGUCACCCUCUGAGGUAAAAACCCCGUAACUUGAAAGUUCGGGGCAUUUUGUUGGGUGCUUUAGGAGGAGAGAAGGGGAGGACCUUGUCCUCAUCCCACUAGUUUGGCUGGACUUGUACUGGCCGUUGGAAACCCCCCAAGUACAUUUCCGUGUGGAACUUUUGCAAAUAUAUAUUUAGAUUUUUAAAUAUCAGAUAAAAGAUAUAUAUGCUUUUUAUAUAUUUCCUGACGACCUGCCCGUGACAGCGCGAUGUACAAUACGGUGUGGAAUAUGGACCGCGAUGACGCAGACUGGAGGGAGGUGAUGAUGCCCUAUUCGACAGAACUGAUAUUUUAUAUUGAAAUGGAUCCUCCAGCUCUUCCACCAAAGCCACCUAAGCCAAUGACUUCAGCGGUUACAAAUGGAAUGAAGGACAGUUUCGUUUCUCUUCAAGAUGCAGAGUGGUACUGGGGAGAUAUUUCCAGGGAAGAGGUAAAUGACAAAUUGCGCGACAUGCCAGAUGGCACCUUCUUAGUUCGUGAUGCCUCAACAAAAAUGCAGGGGGACUAUACAUUGACUUUGAGGAAGGGAGGAAAUAAUAAAUUAAUAAAGAUCUAUCACCGGGAUGGUAAAUACGGCUUUUCUGAGCCUCUGACGUUUAAUUCUGUGGUGGAGCUCAUUAACCACUAUCAUCACGAAUCUCUUGCUCAGUACAAUCCUAAACUCGAUGUGAAGCUGAUGUAUCCAGUAUCCAGAUACCAACAGGAUCAGUUGGUAAAAGAAGAUAACAUUGAUGCAGUAGGUAAAAACCUGCAAGAGUUCCACUCUCAGUAUCAGGAGAAGAGCAGAGAGUACGACAGGCUGUAUGAAGAGUACACCAGGACGUCACAGGAAAUACAAAUGAAGAGGACUGCUAUUGAAGCCUUUAAUGAAACAAUUAAAAUAUUUGAGGAGCAGUGUCAUACUCAAGAACAACACAGUAAAGACUAUAUUGAGCGGUUUCGCAGAGAGGGGAAUGAGAAAGAGAUUGAGCGAAUUAUGAUGAAUUAUGAUAAAUUGAAAUUACGUCUUGGUGAGAUUCAUGAUAGCAAAGUGCGUCUUGAGCAGGACUUGAAGAAACAAGCUUUGGACAACCGGGAAAUAGAUAAAAAAAUGAAUAGCAUCAAACCUGACCUGAUCCAGCUGCGUAAGAUCCGGGAUCAGCAUCUUGUAUGGCUCAAUCACAGAGGAGUGAGGCAGAGGCGCCUGAAUGCCUGGCUGGGGAUCAAGAAUGAGGACUUGGAUGAUGCAGACGGGGAAGUGAAGCACUGUGUCAUCUACAGCACUGCUCGAGGAUAUGGCUUUGCAGAGCCCUACAACCUGUACAGCUCACUGAAGGAGCUGGUGCUCCAUUACCAGCAGACAUCCUUGGUUCAGCACAAUGACUCCCUCAACGUCAGGCUCGCUUACCCUGUCCAUGCACAGAUGCCUUCGCUCUGCAGAUAAGCAGAGUGCAAGAGACAUGCUCUCUAGCAGUUUUUUUCCUAUGGUUUUUAUUAGACUACGAUGAGGGCAUUCUUUCAACGUAGACUGCUUGUUUUGCACAAGUGAUUCUGUGAAUGUGAAAUGGAGAGGCCAAGCAGUAGCUUGGAUUUGGAGAGAGAUGAGGGGCCCAGGGUCUCUGGACUCAGCUGUGCUGCUGCACUGAUGGACUAAGCUGGAAGCAGAUAUUGGUUUCAUGGGGUUUGGUUUUGUUGUCAGGCACCUUUAAAGGAACAGUGAAGACUUGUUGUGGGUUGGGGUGGGGGGUUUUAUUUGGAGGCCUCUGAAGAGUCCAUGUCCUCUUGUCCUCAACUCUGAGAAUGCAGUAGGUCACGGUUCUGCUGGGAGUUGUUUUGCUUUGAUAGUCUCUCCCCCUUCCCCCCAAAUAAGGAGCCAAUUUUGGCUCUGUGGUAAAAUGGGAUUUGGUGUGUGGGGUAAACAACCAAAGGAAAAUAGGGAGGUGUGGGAUUACACUUACCAGAGGCAAAAGAGCCCUUCAGUUGAUGUCACUUCAAUUUUACCAACGUAAUGUAGGCUUCAGCAUCUUAACCAACUCCUUCUCUAAUGUACUAUGUUCAUAAACCAACAGAGCAGCAUUGCCAGACCAAGGUCUAAGGGGAGGACAGUAGUAGCUGAAUGUACACUUCUGUACCAAAACUUGAAAGAAGACUAGAAAUGUGAGUUUCAACAAACACUAAAAUUGGUCAGUGUGUUUCCUUUUGCCCUGGCCUUGUUUCUCAGAUGAGGAAUAGAAUUAUUUUGUGGAGAUAGUAAGCUUUGAGUCAUAAUGAAGUUGGUGCUUGUGUGGUGUUUCUUUAGACUAAAGAAAGAUGUUUGAAAUCCUUGUAAGUUGUUUUAUGAGUAAAGAAAAGGUGCAAUCCAGUGCUUUUAGAUGGCUUGUUAUACCAAAUAAUGAUAGAGAACAACAUUAUUUUGUGCUUCCUCAAGUUUAAAAGCCUUGCCAAAACUAUACAAGGAUUAAUUUGCCUUCAUCUCCCCUUCCUUUUCUGGAUAGGGUUUAGGGAGCCAUAGGUAAAGAGGGACUCGAGUUUGUGGUAAGAGACCUCAGUAAAUCACAGGCACAUGGGCCCUGGUGUCCACAGUGAAGGGUCCAUCACGUUACGUUAUUCCAUACUGUGGUUGAAGCUUUUGCCAGAAGAGGGAUAGCAUGGAGUUCUAUCUGGGAAAAGAAUCCACAAGCUUUCCUAUUUGCUUUUUUUUUUUUUUUUUUUUUUUUUUUUUUUUUUUUUUUUUUUUUUUUGUGAGCCUAUUGUUAAGGCAGUGUGUACAGCCUGCUCUCAUGCUUCCAUGGCUAUGAUUUUAGUCCAUGAAUCUGUUCCAUGUGGUUUAAGCCUUCCAGCUAAGUGAAGAGGAGAGGGCAGGCAUCUAUUUAUGGCUUCACACUCAUUUAAGAGUCCAGCUGCUUCAUAGUCAAUCCUGGAGCCAUAACAGGCUCAGUAUGACUCAGCUGCUUGAGCCCAGUGAUGUGCAGUUGGGCACUCUAGAUAAGCAGCCUGUACCUGGGUCUUGGCUCAUAAGGCUUACAAUCAGGGUAGAUGAAGUUUGGUGGCCAAAAUAAAGAUGAAUAUGACUUUCCCUGAGCACUUCCUGUGGUGACAGUGUCUAGAAUGAACCACAGUAGAUAGGUCAAAAGUUUUGGAUAAUUGUUGUCACAGUUGAGGAUAGGGUAUGUCACUGACGGCUUUUUCUAGUUCAUGCUCUAGUAUGAAAUGAGAGGAAAAACUACCCUCAGCCACUGUUUAAGGCCUCGCCCUUUUCAAAAUUGCCAGCUUGAAAUCUUGUUCAGUUUACCAAGUAAUGCCAGGCUAUUUGUUGAUUGGCAUACCUAUGUGACUUUGUACUGAUGUUUAACUUGCUGAAGCAGUUAUAUGCUCAAGAUUGGGUGUGAGGAAUCCCUCUGAUCCAGCACUAAAAUUUUAGUAUGUCCUGAAUGCUUUUUAAAAAAUUCUCUUCCACGUAAAUCAAAAUGGUAAAAUAUAAAGCUUUAGUGUUGGAUAAUGUCUUUACUUUGUAGGCAGACCCAGAAGCUGUGCAGAAAGCUGCACUUUAGCAUCUACGCCUGCUGUGGACUGUGGAGAAAGGCUUUUUUUCAGUCCUAGAUUCCCUCCCUUUGAUCCCACUUCCACUUUGUGGGAUCUGAGACCAGGGAUCAUUUAAUAAAUUGGAAGCUAUCUUUUUCUGACAGGUUACUACAUGAUUUAUCUGAUUCUGAGCUAUGGAAAUGGCAUAACAGUGGCCCUGCUGUCUGAGGGAAGCAGGUAUUGAUUGGCCUUCUUCCCAAGGCUAGCUCAAAGUUCUGUCCCAUGAUCUAGGCCCUGUCUGGGACUAUCUCUUUUGGCAUCUUAACUGCAGUCUCACUGACUAAAGCAGAGAGUAGAGACAGAUUAAGCCAUAGGGGCAGAUCAGCCAGCCCCCAACAGGAAAGUAGUUUUGGGUCAGCUAGAUAUAUUUUUAAAAAACAAACAAACAAACAAAACAAGGCUGUUUGCACCUGGCGUAGUUGAGCAUAGGUAGGUUAUGUUCUUGUUACUGCUCCAGCAAUAGAUGAAGACAUCCUACAGCUCCACCCUAAGACAUAAGAUCUCCACAUUUACUUCAGACUCCUCAAACCUGUAUGGCAUCUUCCCUGUGUCCCUUCUCUGCAAGGGACCAGCUCACCCAUUCUCCUGAACUUCUGAGGUAUCUGAGCAGUUUCUGAUUCCUAGGAUGAUCUCUACUGCCAGUUAGAUCUUUGUGAGGCUUCCAUGACAUCAUGAAUCAGAGGGCCAUUCUUGGUCCUUUGCCGCCAACGGCUCCUUUUUGACUUAGCUCUAGCCAUUUGUGACAACCACCCUUGUUUCCUUACAAAUCCUCGCAUGUAACUUUGGUAAUCUUGUUUCUUGUGAAGAAUCUAUUCUGUUGUCUUUGAUGUAAUAAAAAAAUUCAUGUAGUUCAUGUAAAAAUAACUGACUCAGAAGGAAGCCAACUGUGUCUCGUGUUGGAACAAUUCAUAAUGUAAUUUCUAGACCGCUUUUGCAAAUUGUUCUUGUGACCAAAUGUGUUCACACAUUGCUGUGCAGUUGGGGGAGGGGUGGGGAGGUAAGGUGAGGACGUUGUUGGGGCUUUUUCUCUUUUUAACCUUCUCCAAGACUUGGAAGGGUUGGCCGACUCGCUCCAGAUGCAAUAAAGGCAUUGCAGUGAA